GGGUAGAGUCGAGGCAGGGCCAGUAGAGCCAGCCACAGCGGGCCCAGAGGCGGGCUGGGACAGGACACAGCAGCCUAGACCGCUUCUCUACUUCCUCUGUCUCGCGCCGCCCUCAGCAGCCCGCCCUCCUCUGCCUGGCGCUGGGAGGCUGUUUUUCCAUUCGCCGGCGAGAAAGUUCCAUGCCGCUGUUUCUGUCUCUCUUUUUCUGGAGUUAAAUUUGUCUGCAGAUGCCUGCACUUCCACCUAUAGACGCCUGGCGUUAAGUUUGUUUGUAACCGGAGCCCAAAGCCCCGUUGCUUUCAAAACGCAAAAGCGGUGAAGCCGCCACCGUGAGGCCCACUUUGUCUUGCAGCCCUGAGUCUGUCCAGGGGUCCGCAGUGCCCACGCUCCAGGAAGUCAAGACCACGGGUGUCUGCUGCCAGCCCCAGGAAGCACCAGUUCGGCCACCGUAGGUGAUAAAAUGGCAUAGUCAUGCUCUGCCAUCGGAUGUCCUCCUGCCUGAGCUCCUUCCGAGUCUCACCAGAAGCCACCAGUUCCAUCAUCCUCUGCUGCCUCCUCCUAAGCCCCUAGCCCACCAGUCACCAUGGCUGCCUUGAUCGCAGAGAACUUCCGCUUCCUGUCUCUCUUCUUCAAGAGCAAGGAUGUGAUGAUUUUCAACGGACUGGUGGCCCUGGGCACAGUGGGCAGUCAGGAGCUGUUCUCCGUGGUGGCAUUCCACUGUCCCUGCUCACCUGCCCGGAACUACCUGUAUGGGCUGACAGCCAUUGGGGUGCCUGCACUGGCGCUCUUCCUCAUCGGAGUCAUCCUCAACAACCACACUUGGAACCUAGUGGCUGAGUGCCAGUAUCGGAGGGCCAAGAACUGCUCCGCUGCCCCCAACUUCCUUCUCCUAAGCUCCAUCCUGGGCCGUGCAGCCGUGGCCCCUGUCACCUGGUCCGUCAUCUCUCUGUUACGAGGGGAGGCCUACGUCUGUGCUCUCAGUGAGUUUGUGGACCCCUCCUCGCUCACAGCUAGGGAUGAAGGAUUCCCCUCAGCUCACGCCACGGAGAUCCUCGCCAGGUUCCCUUGUGGAGAGGGCCCUGCCAACCUGUCGGGCUUCCGAGAGGAGGUCAGCCGGAGGCUUAAGUAUGAGUCCCAGCUCUUUGGAUGGCUGCUCAUCGGUGUGGUGGCCAUCCUGGUGUUCCUGACCAAGUGUCUCAAGCACUACUGCUCGCCACUCAGCUACCGCCAGGAGGCCUAUUGGGCACAGUACCGCACGAACGAGGAGCAGCUGUUCCAGCGCACAGUGGAGGUGCAUUCAAGGGUGCUGGCCGCCAACAACGUGCGCCGUUUCUUUGGCUUUGUGGCCCUCAACAAGGAUGACGAAGAGCUGGUCGCCAAGUUCCCAGUGGAAGGCACCCAGCCACGACCACAGUGGAAUGCAAUCACUGGGGUCUAUUUGUACCGUGAGAACCAGGGCCUCCCACUCUAUAGUCGCCUACACAAGUGGGCCCAGGGCCUGGCAGGUAAUGGCACAGCCCCUGACAACUUGGAGAUGGCCCUGCUCACCUCCUAGAGUCUGCAUCUUUGCAACAAACCCUCAUGGCAUGCCCACCUCAGCAUCAGAUCUGUUAACUACAGUGUUACCAAGUGACACAAAACAGCUAGGAAUUUGUAAGGAUCUUGUGGAGUAUAUGGUCCAGAGAGACUGGGGGAUGGGGAGGGGUGGGGUAGGUUGGGGAGGGGGUCUGAUUUCCGAGACCUGCUGAAAUCAUCUGUAGCCACCAACACACUGUUCACAGCUAUAGGCUUCCCCAGAGCUGGUCCUUGACUAUGUGAGUGAUCUUUGAUGGGCCUGCAAGCUGAGAAGCAUCAGCUGGUGGAGCCUGGUGCCAGUACAACCCACUGGGGGGCUCGCUAUUUGUAACUGUGCAGUUAACUUGUGUCUAAUUGCAUAGGGAUGACGAACUCCUGUGUAUACAACUAGGAAGCUGUAUACCUCUGGUGUAAUUUUAUAUAUUUAAACUUUUUGAUAAAGCUUUUCUUACUUUAAAAGCCUAAACUGGUGUUUGUGCAAUUGACAAGGGUGUAUAGCCCAUUUUGAGAGGAGAUGGAACAGGACUGAAGGGAACCACAAGAGUGGCAGCACCGCAAAGGCAAGUCACAUGUCCUGCCCCAGGGUGCAGUCUCUACCUGGUUUCAUGUGGUCAGAGGCAGCCUGGCCUUUUGCAGGGGGCGCUCAGGGGGAAACAUGGUAUUAGAAGAUCCUGGCCUGGCCAGGACUUGUACUAAGUGAACUCCAAGAACCAGCGGGCUUCAGCACUUUCUCCUCAGGCCCGCAUCAACUAGCUACACACUCAAAACCUCAUGCCCUUCCUCCCUUGUCUGUCCUACGUCCUGGCAUCCAACCCAGCCAUUUCCCACAGAAAACUCAGAGAACAAUUUAGGUUGUGAGAGAAAGCUUUUAAUUCCCUUAGGCACAAUGCCCCCCAUCCCAAAAAAACACCAACUGGUAGGGUCUGUGCUGGCAAGCAGACUCGGCUGUGACAGACUUUAGGAGGUCUAGGCUUUGGGAGUGGGUGGAGACUAGAUAGUUGAACCAACACUUUCAGCUUUCCUCAGGUUUCCCAUCUUCUUCUGGAUUCUUCCUCCUUCCUCUUCUCAAUCUCCCAGCCUCCACAACAGGGCAGACAGUACGGGCUGACCAGAGACAAUGUCUUCCCUACACCCUCUUGGGUAUGGCCCAAGAGCUUGCCGAGGGACAAAGUGGGAUCCUGACCAUGAAAACACUAGCCUUUGCCUUUCGGAUCCAAGACUGCAGCAAACUCUCCAGAAAGGAACGCUUGUUUUUCUGAAAGCCCGAGAGACUGUUGCCUGGAAAAACGGAGCAGCCUCAGGAAAGAAAAAGGAAGACGUAAUGUGUUACAUAAAACAAAACAAGAGCAUUAAACCUCAAGGACUGGGUGGAGUCUAGCGGAAGAACACUUGCUUAGCAUGUGUAAGGUCUUGGCUCAAUCUGUAGAACCCUAAAUUAAAAA